ACAGGUCUCCGGUAGUGAUCAGUUCCUGGGACACCGCUCUCCGCCAUGGCUAACCUGUCCCAGUGUCUGGAUGACUUCACCCCUGUGGGCUCCCGCUGGCCCGCCGCUCCCCCCGAUCUGUACAGCGAGGCCCAGCGCCUGGCCCUGGAGGAGCUGCUGUCCGGGGGCCCCGAGGCUCUUCGGGGGUUCCUGCACCGGGAGCGGGUCCCGGGCUUCCUGUCUGAGCCGGAGGUCGGGGAGAUCCUGAACUCGGCCUCCAGAGUGCAGUGCGGGGAGGACGAGGUCUCCGUGUCCGCCUCUGUGGACUGCUCUACGGUCACCUACUUCCCCGAGAUCUCCGAUGUGGAGCCUCCGCUGCUGGAGCUCGGCUGGCCGGCCUUCAGUGCGGGAUCGUACCGGGGGGCCACCCGGGUGGAGGUCCAUUUCCAGCCCGGAUUCGGGGAGACCAUCUACAGCUGCAAGGAGACGGUCCGGGCUCUGAUCAAGGGCGCCCGGGAGGUAAUUGCAGUGGUCAUGGACUCCUUUACAGACAAUGACAUAUUUCGAGAUAUUCAUGAAGCUUGCAGAAAACGCCGCGUUCCAGUCUACAUCUUGGUGGAUGACUCUCACCUGCCGCAUUUUCUUGCCAUGUGCCAAAAUCUAGGAAUUUUAAUUGAAACCGAACAGAAUAUGCGGGUUCGUACCUUAACGGGCAACAACUAUUAUACCAGAUCUGGGGCCAAGAUCGUUGGGAAGGCUCGUGAGAAGUUUCUGCUUGUGGAUGGCCUGAAGGUUGCCACAGGAAGUUACAGAAAUGAACUUGCUAUGUCAUCUCUCCACAGCUACACCUGGAUGGAUGGCAAACUCAACAGCAGUAAUGUUAUAGUAUUAUCGGGACAAAUUGUGGAGAAAUUUGACCUCCAGUUCAGGAUCCUGUAUGCUCAAUCCAAGCCAAUUAGUACCAAGUUUCUAAUGAGCCUACGGAACUCCAAUGCAACAACAAAUAAGUUGCCCCAUGCUCUACCUGCCCAGAAGAAGCCGUUAAUGACAAACUUCCUGCAGAUGGAGAUAGCAAAGUUAUCAAGCACCCCCAAGAGAGCAGCUGUGGAAACCAAGACCACCUUGGAGAAGGAUAAUGGUAUGCCUGGUAAGGUUAAAGCUUCUGAAGAAGACUGGUUACAGAAUUGUGAUAUAAUAUCUGGUCUCAAGGAAACGGAAACUGUGUCCACUCAGACGGAGCCAAGUGAUGGCUGGUGGAACCUUAAAGGGAAAGAUGUAUCAACUCAGACAAAUGUGGGUACUUCAACUGCUGGGACUCAAACGGCCGUCUUGGCUAGAAUGGCUUCUACCCAAACUGUGACCUUUUCGAGGCCUGCAACUACCCAGACGACUCAAGUCCAGGAGUCUUCAACAGAAACGAGCAAAACGGCAUCUGUUUCCGCAGUGGCAAGGGUGUCGUCGUCUUCUACAUCAUCCUCCACGUCUUCGUCUUCUUCUGCUUCCACCACUAGCACAGCGUCUGACACCUCAAUUCGCUCAAGCAGCGGUUUGAACCACUCCGAUUAUAACAUGCGUGAUUCCUUCAAGAAACUUGGCAAGGACCGUCAAUUACAUUACACCUCGAUCAGGUCUAAGCUCGAUCACAUGGUAUCCAUCCUCUCCAGGAGGAAUCGAUUUACCAGUUCGUACUUUAACUGUGAACCAACGCCGUAUGGCUUUCAGAGAAGAGAUGUAAUGCAUAGCAGUCUUCUUAAUCUCCGAGAUGGUGUUCGCUUUGCUCCUCAUAUGUAGCAGUCAUUUCCUUUGAAAUAUGGUACGCCUUGGAGUUGAAGCCAACAGCUUGAUGUAUUUUAUUGUGUGAACUCUUAACACUAUUGUUCCCUGGCUUCACUACUUUAAACUGCUGUAAUUUUAGCACUUUAUUCCUUCUGUGUUGCCUGAAGACUCGGCCUGUGUUUAUUAUUCUCAGAAAAUGUAACACUAUUUUUUUUUUACUUUGUAUGAUAGUGUUUUAAUAUCUAAAAGUGAAGAUAUAUUAAUGACUUUCUCAGUCGGCCUUAAAUAAAUGCACAAUAUUUGUAACAUAA